CACUCGUUUCGAAAGCUAUUAUCGUUUUAUAUUCUAUGAACGUGAUUUAUAAAAUUUAUGCUUUUCAGCUUUUUUGUAUAACCUGAAUCUACUGUUUUCAAAAUAGAAUAUUAUAAUUGAGCUUACUGUAAUUUUAGAAUUAUUUUUAUUUAAUAAUCAUGUCUUUUCAGGAUGUUUUUUUAAUGAUCCGGCGGAAGAAAAUGACGAUUUUUACAGAUGCUAAAGAAAAUACAACAGUUUUAGAAUUAAAAAAAAUUAUUGAAGGAAUAUUAAAGAUCCCUCCUUUAAAUCAACAGUUAUUUAAUAAGGAUAAUAUCCUUAUGUCAGAUAAUAAAUUUCUAUCAGAUUAUGGACUAUCGUCGACAACAGCUAAGGCUCAAUGUCCAGCAUUAAUUGGUUUAGCCGUUCGUCUAGAAAGUGGUCAAUUUGAACAAUUAGAAAUGACACCAUUUUCGUUACCUCCAGAUCUUCCUGAAGUAAUGAAAACUCAAGAAACUAAUGGACAAGAACAAAUACCAUGAAUUUUUACAGAAAAAAGUAAACUUUAAAAACAUUUUUGGUGCAAAAUAACCCACUUUGCUCUAUAAAUUGUUAGAGUAUAAAUAAAGAUUUUAUAUAGAUUUUUGUUUACAAAUACAUAAAAACUUACAUUAA